CUCAACUUUUUUCCCUCCAUCUUUGGGGCGGGCAUUACCUCUGACAUUUUAGCAUAGGAUCUGUUGUAUACCCUCUCAAAUCAUGAGGCCUCCAACCGCAGGCACUUUUACUGUCCGGGCACGAUGGGUGAAUAGCCAACCAUUUGCCGCAUCACCUUCUGCGAUUCACGGACGAGCAGCGGCAUACAGGCGGUUAUCCACGACACCACUGGUGUCGCGACCACUUUCGGCGCAGCAGAAAACUUUCGCCGCUCAGAAUCCCCCCUCGCCGCAAUUCCUGUUCCUUCGGAGCGCUUUCCUGCCAAAGGACGUCCUCUAUCGAACCUCUUCUAUCUACACUCGCCAGCUCCACUCCCAAUCCCCUCUAUUCCAGCAGGCGCAAAAACGCACAGAAGAUAGCGUGAGGGACAAGGAGUCCGAGCCUGAAUGGACGGCCAAGCAGCCCUCCUCUUCUGAGAGCGCUGCGGGGCAGAAGCCGGCAGGGCAAGCAGGAGAAGCCGGCACAGAGGGGGAAUCACAGGGGAAUAAAGCAGGGGAAGAAGGAGCUGGGGGGCAGAAGGAAGGGGCCGAGGAAGGCGAGCAGGGCAAAAAGAAGGACGCCCCACCCCCUCCCCCCCAUGGUGACAAGACUCCGUGGCAGGUCUUCACCGAAACGCUCAAGUCUGAAUUCCAGGCAUCGAAGGAGUGGAACGAGUCUACGAAGCAGCUGUCAGCUGGUGUAAACGACUUCACCCAGAAUCCGCACGUUCAGAAGGCCAGGACUACCUACAACCAAGUCACAGAUGCCGCCACAACAAAGACUGCCGAGGCAUUGAAAACUACCGGGCGAGUAAUUGGACAUGGCGCGGCAUGGACUUGGGAUACGACACCCAUGAAAGGAGUCCGUAAGGUUGCGUCAGUAACUGGAUCAGGCAUUGAGCAUGUCACCCGGCCUGUACGUCAGUCGAAAGCUUUUCAAGCCGUGAAGGAGACUGUCGAUGAUGGCAGCUCCUCAAGGUAUGGAGGCUGGGUAGAAAAGGAAGAGCGUAGAAGGAGGAGGGAGUUGAGGGAACUGAACGAACUCCAAAGGUCGGGUGGAAAGCAUCACACCGGCCCAAUGGAGGAGGAUCCCGAUGCCGGCACAAACGUCACUCUACACAAGGACGCUAAAUAUAAGGAAAUCUGGCGCGAGUUCAAAGACUCCUCGCGCCUGAUGCAAGGCCUUUUCAACAUGCAGUCCGUCUACAAAGAGUCCGAAAACCCGCUCAUCACAACGGCACGAAGCAUUUCCGAUCGCGUCACUGGCUUCUUCGCUGAGAACGAGACGGCAAUGGUGAUCAAGAAAUUCCGCGAAAUGGACCCCAGCUUUCAACUUGAGCCCUUCUUGACUGAAAUGCGCGAGUACAUACUCCCCGAGGUGUUGGAUGCGUACGUCAAAGGAGACGUAGAAACACUGAAGCUUUGGCUUUCAGCUGCUCAGUAUUCCGUCUACGCAGCCCUCAUGCAGCAGUACACCACCGCUGGCCUGAAAUCAGACGGUAGGAUUGUGGAUAUCAGGCACGUGGAUAUUCUGUCCGCAAGAUUAUUGGAGCCAGGAGAAGUCCCAGUCUUCAUCAUCACUUGCAGGACACAGGAAGUACACGUCUACCGAAACGCUAAGACCGGCGACCUUGCGGCAGGGAUGGAUGACAAAGUCCAGCAGGUCACAUACGCCAUCGGUGUCACAAGGAUACCCGAGGACGUCAACAACCCAGAGACCAGAGGCUGGAGACUGAUUGAGCUGCAGAAGAGCGCUAGAGACUACUAUUGAGCAAGUCCCCUCCCCGACUUUCUCACUUAUGACCUCUUUCUUGUAUUACUACUAUUUUCCGCUCAUGUGGUUCCCUACCCCUUUCCUUGGUCUAGGCAUCUCCAGGCGCUCAACAAGUCUUCAAAGUCAGCCAGCUUCUCUUAACUUGUUUUAUUACACCACCCCAGACGGUGGCUAAUUUCUCAUGUAUUUGUGUGGAAAGGGGUUGGGAAGCGUUGAGCGCCGUACAACGGCGUUUAUGAUAUGAAAGACUUCCCCGCUCAUGCUUGUACAGUAUACGAAUGGUGGUUUGGGAAUGGCAGCGUGCUUGCUUGUAUGCAGAAUGGGAUCAGUUUUGGGUGGAUGGAGGUAGGAUGAAGCCAUGAUUGACAAAGAUACACUCUCGCGCAAAAGGCUCGCCAGCAUGGACGGAAUAUGAGAGUCUAGUUCACGACAGGGACUAGCAAUCUCUUAAUUUCUCCGUAGCUCUAG